UGAGCACAAGCUAGACUUUAUCCCUCUUGUCCCGCUGACGGUGAGAGGAAAUCCUAUCCCACCUCCUCUCGUGCGCUCAGGCACACACACUCGGACACACACACGCGCGCACCAAACCACCUCCUGCUUCGCGCUCUAAGGCUCACACACACGUUGGCUACACUCGUGGGGGAAGAUGGCUGCAUCACAAAGGAGAAUGAAUGAGUCCUGGGUUCGAUUGGCUCUCUCUGUGCUCUUCUGCACGUUGAUAUUGCACAACGGCGUGCUCUCCGAUGAGGUCACCGAUGCGGCGGACGGAGCGGAUCCCCCCCCGAGUGACAUCACGGAAACCCCCGCGCUGCUGGACGCCCUCGGCAGAGGCGAUGACGACCCCACGGCUGGCAUGGCAGUCGACGCCGGAGCGGCUGAUCCUGACGGUGGCCAGGCUCCCCCCGACACCCCCGACCCGGGAGCGGAUGACGGUUCUGACGCCGCUGCGGACUCCGACUCCGUCGAUCCCACCCCGAAAGACGACGCGUCGGACGGCACUGUGACCGAUCCCCAGUUUACUGUCGACGUUCAGACCUUAAUCGAUGCUAUCGACGCGGCCACCGCACCCAACCCUGGUGAGGCCGCAACCAAAGCGGCUGGAGGGGACGGACCCAGGGGGGAUAUCCAGUGUGUGGAUAAGGAUGCGCUCAAAGACAAAGAUGUGGUCAGACUGGAGCUGAAGGAUUCAUCCAGCUGUGAAGAGACCAAGGCUAAGAUGAAGGAGCUGCUGGGGGAUCUCUGUGGGCCGAACUGUGACAUGAAGAUCUUCCAGGAAGAGAGCUCAUCUCAAAUCAUCGUCUCGGGUGACGACGUCGAAGCUGACCCGAAAGGAAUGGCCGGAAAGUUCAGCAGCGAAGGGAUAAAAGAAAAGCUGGGGCUGGUGGAGGCAACCCCGAAGUGGGGGAAACACCCCCCCACCGUCCUGGUGUCCCUGCUGCUGACGGGGCUACUGCUCGCCGCCCUGCUCAUCGGGGGGUACUGCCUGAGGAACCACCGCAGUCAACCAGCCAAGGGCACCAGGCUCGCUGAGGAGUCGUUCCCAGUGGACCAGGAGAACCAGGGAAACACCCUGGUGUCUGUGGCCCCCCUGCACCCACAGGAGCCCCAGGAGAAGCCCAGCGCUAACGGGGAGUCCCCCGAGGGGGUGAAGACCGAGGCGCCCCCGACCAACGGCCAUUCCACCGCCAAGUCCCCUGUCGCCGACACGGAGCUGUGAGACCAACACAUCGCUCCCCUACCGCCAUUCACCCAGAGCCCCCACCUCUGGGGUUAACACUGCCCAAACGCCUUGACCCCAACCCCAACCCCAACCCUGUCUCUGGCACAACCCCCCACCCUCUGCCAUUCUAUCACAAGAUGCCUUAUUCACCAAACCAGAGGAUAACCCCCCCCACCCCAAAGAUAUAGUGAUGAUGAAUGAUGAUGAGGAUAAGGAUGAUGAUGAUGAUAUUGAUGAAGACAAUGGUGGUGAUGUUGAUGGUGAUUUGCGAGGGUUAUUACAAUGAUAAUGGUAAUGCCUUUAAUGUGAAGGGACUGUGCAUGCUGACAGUCCAGGGGCACUGUUUAUGGUGAGUGAAACAGUUACAAACUGCCAGGACUCCAUCACUAAGCCCCAGCUGUCCUGACUGCAGUGAGACAGAAAUAAAACCACAAUCUGUCAGUAAAGGCUACCUUUCUGCACCACCAAUACCUUCAGAGCGGAAAACAAAAGCAGUUACAGCAGAAGAAGCCAGGCAGCGUCUUACACAUGUCAUUUCAUUUCGUUUCAAAAAGUCUUUGGCCAACACUUACAGUACAGGGACCACCUUUUAGCAACUUUGGUCAGUAGUUGCACUGAAUUUCACAACCAGCUGUUGACACACAGUCUGUUUACAGGUUGUGCUGGGUUAAGUGAGCCUCAUGUUUGUCUAUUUGCCAUUUGUUUAUGUGACAUAACUUGGCACUGAGCUUGUAAAGCUUUAGUGUUGACCUUGGGGUGAGGUGAGGUGAAAUUUGAGGAAUGGUCAGGAAGGGGUGAGACCCCAUCUUCUAAUGAUGAGUAAUGAUGAUGUAUUCUAAACCAGCCAAUCGUACUUCAGUCUAAUAAGAAUUGUCCACUUUGUUACUGUAAGCUUUACCAAAACAAACUAAUGGACUGAGAGGGGUUGAGACCAGACCUGGGCCAAAUACGUUUUGGAUUCAAAUAUUUUUCUAUGCUUUACUGUAAUUGAACCUUUGAAAUACUCUCAAAAAGUGCUAACCCUGCCUUCGGGUCCUCUUGGUUAGCUCAAAUGCACCAAGCAAGAUCAAUCAAGCACACAAAGGUAUUUGAAUCCAAAACAACUGCGUAUUUGACCCAGGUCUGGAGGAGACUUCACUCCGCAGGGCAGGGGUUUUCAGCCCUGGUCCUCGAGUGCCAAAGGGUCUGCUUGCUUUUUGUUGUGACUCAGCACUUCCUUGACCAAUUAAAGCAGCUGAUUAAACAAUUAACUCACCUCACCUGCUUUCUUGGGUCUGAGUUGGUUGCUGAUUUUAAGGUGAAAAUGAAAAAAACUGUAGACCCACUGACCUUCCAGGACCGGCUGCAUGAACCCCUGGUCUAGGGGCAUCAGUCAACUAAAAGCAGCAAUUUAAUUGGUGACUUGUGAGAUCUACAAUAGGUGUCAGAAAGCAGACUAAUACAGCCACUGACAAGCAAUAAUUUAAGUCGCAUGACACCAACAUCUCACCAGUUGCUAUUUACAUUGCAGCUUUCAGUUUUAGAGUGUUAGAUAAUUGUUCUAUGUAAUCACUUGCCGCGUAUGUAUAGUCUCUUAUGACAUCAGUAUUUUACUGUACAGUGCCUUUAUAAUGUUGUUUGCUCAAUUUUGCUUUAAGCUCUAGUACUGACUUGCUACUUUCUGGGAUUAAGCUAGCCUGAUAUUGCAUACUUAUUUCAAACAAAAUGGCUCUGGCCUAAGCCAUUUUUGUCGAUUGAUUGGCGAGAGAGCCGGGACAUUAUGAACAGUCAUUAUUAUGUUCUCUUGUGGAAUUUGUACCAGAGAUCUGAGAUGUUGGGCUGUAGCUAGACAGUGGUCUGCACAACACUGAAAAUAAAAAAUAUGCCCAAUGAUUGGUCAUGGUAUUUGUUUUGCAUCAAUCAUUGGUAGUGUUAUUAGUUAUACAUGCGCUAAAGGUCUUAGUAAAUCAGUCCCCAAGUGUAUAUAAGCUCUGUGGAUCCACAAUGUUUCUUAAAUCUCUCUUGCAAUGGCAAAUUACGUGAAAGUCAAAAAAAGUUAGAGGGAGCGCUUAUGUUGCCUGUACCUUCAUUAAACUGUUUAUCCAGCCUUAAUAGUGCAGUAAUUGGUACAUCACUGAAGUAACAGGCUGCAGCAAAACAGUGUCAGCCCUGCUAAAAAAAAACAGCUCAAACUAGGUUUUCAAACAGCUGGUUGAUCAAUUCCAUACAACAAGUGAUCAGAGCUGGAUUUCACGCCAGGGGACCUUUCAAGACAGAUUUACCAUCGAUAACAUGUCUUGUGUUUUAAGGUAGGCGCAGGGUGAUAACUUAACAGUAAAAAGCAAUGUCUACUGCUUGUGUUGUGAGAAGAGCUAAUCUGAGCUAUCACGUACACCUUAGCAUUGCUCCCCACUGCUUAGCAAGCUAACUGAUAGAGAGCACCUUUUAUUUUGCCUCAGAUUUUUUAUAAAUUCAAUAAAAUGUAUAAUUUUCAGAGGAACAAUAGCUGUGUGAUGUGAUACUCUGAUUCUCAAAGACCCAAUUUUUUAGUUUUCAUGCCUGUCCCUUGAACUGUCUUUCCAGCUAACACAAAAUAAUACAAGAACAUUAGGGAAUAUCCUGGUUAGACUAUCCUUUGGUUUUUAGAUUGUUCUAUGAUGAGAAUGUUCCAGUAGCCUCAGAAGAUACUUAUUGUUUCAAACAGGUUCUUUGUCUUCUGUAAAAAGUGCUUUACAAUAAAAUUGAAUUGAAGUCACAGAAAAAUGUUCCUGGCUUGUUGCGUGUAAACCUAGUGGCAUCCCAUGAUGAACAACCAGAUAGCAGAUACAGUACUUGUAAUAUACAUUAUAGGAAUGCUUACAAUGAAAGGAUUGAAUUUGCUCAUUUGUUUUAACAUAGCUAACAUUCCUGUUCAAAAUUACCAUGAAUGGCUGUCAGAAUAUUCAAUUCUCAAAUUGAAUUCAUCAUUAAAAUUCUUUAACCUUAAAAACAAACCUGAGCAAUAUCUUUAGGCCAUUCUUACAAUGCUCCUUCUUUGUCACGUACAGGUGACUUACAGGUAACACUCAUCGUCCAGAAACCUGGGAAAGUUUAUUUUACCUUCCCUUGCAUUCUGGAAAUGAUCAACAAAAAACCAAAGGUUGCUGGGUUCCUCUCUCUGUCUGGAGAAGUAGUUUGUGCUGUUAGUAUUUGGCCUGCAGAUGGCUUGAUCUCGUGCUCCUUUACGGCUGACUACAGAACAAAGCUAUUUUGAAUACAGCGCAACAAACAUUUCAUUACAAGAGGCACUUCUCUUAAAGUAAAUAUACAGUUUCACAGAAAACCAUGUGCCCUCUGAAUGUGCAUGGGGCCUUUGAGGAAAGGAUGGUCUAAAAUGGCUUCCUCUGCGCUCAUGGCCGAGAUUCAAAAAGCAAAUUCCCUUAAAUUUGAUGCACCGUUAAAUGCACGUGUUUUUGCUUUUCAUAGCAGGCCCAGUUUGGCAACUUUGGCAAUGACCAAAAUUAACUCGCUAAUCUGUGCUAAAUCUGAAUCACUUGAAUUUAAUUUUAAAUAACAGUUAAGGACAUUGUUGAUUGAAUCCAGGCCCAUAAUUACUUAGUUUUUGUUUUUCUGCCUUCAGCAAUGCUGUAAAAGAAGUUAUAAUCUGUCUAAGUCUUUCUCAGCUUGCUCAGUCUAAUCCAUCAAAGGCAAAGUAUUCCAUUUGAUUUUACAGUACACUGCAAAAAACAAUAAAUGACAAGUAUUUUUGUGUUAUGUUGAGACUUCAUUUUCUUAUUUAUUUUACUUUUUUGCAAAUAAGAUGAGAAUAUUUCCAAUGAGCUAAGACCGUUCGACUCAAGAUUUUCCAGUGAAAUAAGAAAAUGUAACUUGUCAAGCAAACAUUCAUUUAAAACAAGAUAAUAUUUUCUACUCGACAGAAAAAAAUAAGAUCAUAAGUCUAUAAAAUGCUUGUUAAGUCACUGCAAUGUAUAAUUUGAUUGGAUGCACAGGAGUCCACAUAGUCUUGCCAAAAAGAAGAUUUGGUGUGUAAUGGAACUGUCUAACAAACAGCCUUUUGAAAGAUGUUGUUCCUUUGAAACCUCAUCUAAAUUAAAUCUGAUGUAAAUUCACAUUCUAAAGAGCCAUUCCAUUUGUGGUCAACUUUGCACAUGAUAUCUGAAAUGUGUGCCACUGUCAGCUUGGCUUGGUUUGAUUGAAUAAUGGCCCAACGUACUCAGAUUUUGACAGUUCAUAUUUCUAUAUGUUUUCCAGAUAUAAUGUGUAUGUUUAACCCAUAUCAUAAUUCAUUUGAAUUUGAUUUUUUUAGGUGUAUUCUACAGCUAUCAAAUUGCAUUGCACGUUGUCCACCGUUUGAAAAUGACAUGGAUACUUUUUGUUUAGUCUAUGAAAUGAAGUGUAUGUGUUCGUAACUAUUAAAAUGUCAUUCUUCUCUAUUAAUAAUUCACUUAAAAAAAUUUCACUGGAAAAAAGUUCCAUAAAACGAACCCACAACUGCAAGACUGCAUAUUUUAUUAGAUUAGUGGAAAUGUUGAAGACUGUUUUCCCCUUUGGGUUUGAGCCCAAACUUUGUGUUUUCUCAAUGUGUUUUUUUUUUUUUCAGAACAUUUUAUUCUUGCAGUCAAUCAAAAUCUUCUUUGUUGUUGUUGAUGUUGUUGCUGUUGAUGUUACUGUUGUUGGUUUGUGGCAAAAACAAAUGUUUUUUGAUAGAGGAUAAAAUAAAUGUGUGAGAUAAGGGUAGAGCAGAUGUGUUUUGUAUGAAUGCUGAUGUUGCAUGUGUAAAUAGGAUUGUUUCUCCUCAUUUAUAGAGUAAAAUGUCAAUCAGCCUAUGCCCUAUAAACUGUGAGUUAACCAGC